AGGUAGUCUCGGGAACGGCGCGAUCGCGGCCAGCGGCGACGGCAAGUUCGUCGCGGUCGGCGCCGACUCGGGCGUUGUCAAUAUUUAUGACGCAAGCAAGCUCGCGCACGGCAAGACGCCCAAGCCGAUCAAGUCGCUCAUGCAGCUCACGACGGGCAUCUCGUCGCUCAAGUUCAACGGCGACUCGCAGAUCCUCGCGAUGGCCUCGCGCGAGACCAAGGACGCGCUCAAGAUGGUGCACAUGCCGUCCGCGACCGUCUUUGGCAACUGGCCGACGGUCAAGACGCCGCUGCACUACAUCUCGACGCUCGAGUUUUCGCCCAGCAGCGGGUACUUUGCCGUCGCGAACGCGCGCGGUCGCGUCCUCCUCUACCGCAUCAUGCACUACGCGUCGACAUAA